AUGGCUACGGCGCGGUUGCGCAAGAAGUCCUCCCGCAUGGCUCUGUCCCCUAAUGUGGCCAAACCCACGUUAAACAAGCCGCGCUCUGGAAGGGAUCGCCGUGGCCCUUUUGCUCAAAUGAAUCAGACUGAGGCACGCCUUCGAGAUACGCCACGCCCCCGGUCCCAAGCCGCUCUUAAGCGCUCUGGCGAGGAAUCCAAGUCGGAAAAGGCCGAGGCGCCUCUGUUCAAAGCACUCAAGAUGCAGACCACCCUGUCGCCGGUUUCAUACGGUCGUCGUGCGGCUAUCAAGUCAAAGAUCUCCAAUCUUACCAGCUUCGAUCACUUCCCUCUCCUCCCCGCGGUCCGACACUCGGUUUUCACCCAAGCUCUGCCCGGACUUGCAGAGGUCACCCCAACUCCUAUCCAGCGGCUCGCAAUCCCUCAGCUUCUCGGCGACAACAAGGCCAAAAAUAAGCCGGUGAAGGUGGACGAGGAUGCUCCCCAGUAUGAUCAGUUUCUUCUUGCGGCGGAAACCGGCUCUGGAAAGACGUUGGCGUAUCUCCUUCCGGUUGUCGAUGCUGUGAAACGUGCCGAGGCACGCGACAAGGAAGAGCAACAGAUUUUGGAGGAACAAAAAGCUAAGGAGCGCGAGGAAAGACUGAAGAGUCGGACCUUUGAACUUGAGCCGGAGGAACCCCCAAUGUCGGAUGCCGGGCGCCCGAGGGCCAUCAUCCUGGUUCCAACUUCAGAGCUCGUGGCCCAGGUGGGAGCCAAGGUCAAGGCCCUUGCCCACGCAGUCAAGUAUCGCUCGGGAGUUAUUUCGUCCAAUCUCACCCCGCGUCGGAUCAAGAACACUCUGUACCACCCCGACGGCAUCGAUAUCCUGGUCUCAACGCCCCAUCUUUUGGCCUCCAUCGCCAAAACCAAUCCUUAUCUCCUCAGCCGUGUCAGUCACCUUGUUCUCGACGAGGCUGAUUCUUUGAUGGACCGUUCCUUCCUCCCUACCACUACCGAGGUCAUCGACAAAGUGGCGCCUUCUCUCAAGAAGCUCAUUUUCUGCUCCGCCACGAUUCCCCGUAGUCUCGAUAACCAGCUCCGCAAGCGCUACCCCGAUAUCAAGCGCCUGACCACCCCGAACCUGCAUGCCGUUCCUCGACGUGUACAACUUGGUGUGGUGGAUAUUGAUAAGGAGCCUUACCGUGGAAACCGCAGCCUUGCCUGCGCAGAUGUGAUCUGGUCCAUUGGCAAGGCAGGCGACGCCAGUGAAGAGAACUAUGGACCCCUGACACAAUACAUGGGUCCCAGGGUAAAGAAGAUCAUUGUGUUCGUCAACGAGCGCGAAGAGGCGGAAGAGGUUGCCCAGUUCCUACAGUCCAAGAAUAUCGACGCCGUCUCGCUGUCUCGCGACUCUAGCUCCCGGAAACAGGAGGAGAUUCUUGCCGAGUUCACCGAGGUUGACCAGCCUCCGACCGCCGACGAGAUCGUGCUUAUGCGCAAGCAGGCUCGCGCGGAGAAGUCCAUUCCUUUCUUGGAGCCUGAGAAGAAGCCCGCGGUCGAUCGCCACCUGCCCAACACCAAGGUUCUCGUUACUACCGAUAUCGCGUCUCGAGGUAUUGAUACCCUGGCAGUCAAGACUGUCAUUCUAUAUCACGUUCCGCAUACCACCAUUGACUUCAUCCACCGCCUUGGUCGCUUGGGCCGCAUGGGCAAGCGUGGUCGUGGUGUUGUCCUGGUCGGCAAGAAGGACCGCAAGGACGUUGUUCGCGAGGUUCGUGAGGGCAUGUUCCGCGGACAGGCUCUGAUUUAG